AUUUUAAUCUCACAUUUAGUGCCCUCGCAUCAGAAUCCUUCGCGUAAGGUGCGUUUCGUGUAUUAAAACCUGCCUGCGGAAUGGUCGUAAGCGAAGCUUAAAUCAUCCCAUUCCGCACUGUAAAAACGCCCUGAAUCAUCAUGGCCUUACUCCCACCGGAUCCGGUGUUUUGCCUACGUUCGCCGGAAGCCUGCUCUUACUAUUCUCUUUGUUUUCGCACUCCCGAGCACCUGUACGCCGGCACAACGAAGGGAACCGUCCAGCUUUGGACGCUGCAAACAAAUCGCACCUCAUAUCAGCUUGCCGUCGGUUCGAGCCCAAUCCUGCACCUUGCCCACACCGAAGAUGCCUUGAUAACGCAGGAAAAAGAAGGCACGGUCAAGCUGUGGACCCUCGCCGAUGCCGAUUACGUGUUGCGCCACGAAAUCUCCACCGAACACGUGGGUUUCUGCCGCAUGGCGCUCGACGCACAAACGAACACUGUGAUAAUACCCCGGAAUGGUGCGGCCAUUAGCGUGCUGUGCGCGAAAUCCUUCAGCGAAACGAUGCGCUUCGCUCCAACGGCCGAGGACGAAAAGGCACUCCCAUACGGGACCGUGAUGUGUUUCCAGCCGGUCGAACUGCAAAGCCAGCGGUAUCUGUUGGCCGGUUAUGAGUCGGGUUCGUUGGUGUUGUGGGACUUCCGGACGGGGCGGCCAGUUGGCACGACGGCACACUUCAUGACACCGGAUGCCGAUUGUCUGCAAACGCUGGAUUACGAUCCGGUCACGAACCGGGGCGUGUGUGGUGGAUCCUCGAGCAAGCUGUCGGUGUUUUCCAUCGAUCGUGGUACGCAGCAGGUGCUGUUGAAGAGUGAGAUUGGCAUUAAAAAUGCUGGCGUACAUCGGGUGCGUAUCCGCAAGGAUCUAAAGGUGUUCGCUAGUGCCGGAUGGGACGGACGGCUGCGGGUUUUCUCGUGGAAAAGCCUUCGACCACUUGCCGUACUUACCGAACAUAAAGGGGAACUGCUGGACGUCGCGUACUCCGAGGAUAAGGUGGCCAUGUGGAACGCCCCGGUAAUGGCCGCCGCCGGGAAGGAUGGACAAAUUUCGCUGUGGGAUUUGUACAAAUGAGUACGCCCGGCAAGUGCCACAAACGCUUGACCGACCGUCCCGACCCGAGCCAGCGAAUGAACGAACAAAAGGAGGCCGCGCUUCGUUUUCUCACCACUUUUGUUUUUUUUUUUCGUUUUGCAAUGAAAACCCCUUUCAAUGGUACGUUCUUUUUUUAUUACAUGUAUAUUAUCGGGCUUUGCCAUCAUCGUUCGUUAGUGGUUGCUUAUGAAAUAAUCAUCAUUUACGAAUAAAAAGUCUAUACAAUACU